AUGCCGAAGAGGAAGAGCGUAGGAAGUGGCAACACCUCAGUUGCGUCGCCUGCCAAGCAGGAGAAGGCCGCCACACCCGCCAAGAAGCAGCGGAAGGUCGAAUCGCCCGUCACCAAAUCGCCCGCGCAAAAGCAGCAAUCACCCAAGGGCAAGGCCAAUGAGGUGGAGAAGAAGGGGAAGAAGAACAACAAGAAGGCCGAUGCCGACUCCGACGAUGAAGCCGAGAACCUUUUGACUAAGUCGGUGAAGACGAGCGUCACUGGCCAAGCGAAGAAGAGCCUCUGGGAGGAAGAAGAGCAAAGCGAUGAGGGAGAUGAGCUCCUUCAGCUCCUGGAGAAAGAGAAGAAGGCCAAGAAGGGUAACAAGUCGGUGGAGGCCGAGGAGGAGGACGACGAACAAGACGAAGAGGAGGAAGAGGACGAUGGGGAGCAGGAGGAGAACGGUGAGUUUGAAGUCGUCGAGGGAGCGGACGUCAACAGCGACGACAGCGACGGUGCUGAGGACGACGAAUUCCUUGGUGGGAGCGACGACGAAGAGGAGCUCGAAGUGGAGAAGAAGUCCAAGAAGAUCGUGCAGCGACAGAAGGAGGACGAGGCGCUCUCCGCGCUGGAGUUCCAGCACAGCGUCCAGGACGACGACGAGGCCAGCGAGAUGCCCAUCCUCCCGCCCAAGGACGAGGGCGAAGACGAUGCCAACGACAUGCCCAUGCAGAGCCUGAUGGGCAUGGACCUGGAGGCGGUGCGCACUCACAUGCACGAGGUGCUCCGAGUGCUGAACAACUUUGGCAAGCUGCGAGAGCCGGGCAGGCAGAGGCGAGAGUACCUCACCCAGCUCAGGCACGACAUCGCCGCCUACUACGGCUACUCCGAGUGGAUGGUGGCCAAGAUCCUCAACCUCUUCACCCUCAACGAGGCGAUGGAGUUCUUCGAGGCCAACGAGGCUCCGCGCCCGCUGACCAUCAGGACCAACACGCUCAAGACGAGGCGAAGGGAGCUCGCGCAGUCCCUCAUCCAGCGAGGCGUCAACCUGGACCCGCUGUCCAAGUGGUCCAACGUCGGCCUCCAGAUCUACGAUUCGCCCGUUCCCAUCGGUGCCACCCCCGAGUACUUGACGGGGCAGUACAUGCUGCAGAGCGCUUCGUCGUUCAUUCCCGUGCUGGCCCUCGACCCGCAGCCCGGAGAGCGAGUCCUCGACAUGUGCGCCGCUCCCGGUGGCAAGACUACCUACAUCGCCCAAAUGAUGAAGAACACCGGUGUUCUGUUCUCCAACGACAAGCACUCCGAGCGAGUUAGGGCCGUCGUCGCCAACGUUCACAGGAUGGGCAUCCGCAACACGGUGAUCACCAACUAUGACGGACGCAUGUUCCCCCGCGUGAUGGGCGGCUUCGACCGCAUCCUCCUCGACGCCCCGUGCACGGGCUCCGGUGUGAUCUCCAAGGAUCCCUCCGUGAAGACGCAGAAGGACGAGCGCGACGUGCACCGCAUGUCCCACAUCCAGAAGGAGCUCAUCCUGGCGGCCAUCGACUCUGUCGACAUGAAGGGCCACUCUUCGGGCGGUGCCGUCAUCGUCUACUCGACCUGCUCCAUCCUCAUCGAGGAGAACGAGGUUGUAUUUGUUAUCAUUCUCACCUUCGUGAGCGCCGUCGUCGACUACGCCCUUAAGAAGCGAGCGGUGAAGGUGGUCCCCUCGGGGGUGCCCUUCGGCAAGCCCGGCUUCACGCGCAUCGGCAGCCGGCAAUUCCACCCCAGCCUCAAGCACGCUGUCCGAGUGUACCCGCACACGCACAAUAUGGACGGUUUCUUUGUGUGUAAGCUGAUCAAGUACGACAACAUGCCGGUCCCCAUCCCGGCCAACGUCUCCGCCAAGCCGGAGGAGGAGGAGGCAGAGGAGGAGGAGAAGGGCGAGGAGGAGGCGGCGGUGGUCGAUGGCAUGGACGUCGCCGAGGUCGUGGGCGAGCAGCCCGCCGAGGAGCAGGCCGAGGCUGAGGCCCAGACCGAUGCGCCCAAGAAGUCGCCCAAGAAGAAGAGGAGCAAGAAGGGCGCCAACAAGAAGAUGACCGGCGGCAAGUAG